AUGGGCGGCAACUCCCUCAUUUCGCAGAUCCUAACGGAGGCAGAAAUUACUGAACUGGGUCUUCAUGGCAGCGUGAUAAAGCCCUGCUCUACUCCAUACAUCAUUAACAAAAAGCACUUCGUUAAAAUUUGUGUGUACUACCUGCUUAGUACGUUCCUUUUUUUUUCCGUUUAUAUUACCAUCAUUGUUCUGGUACUGACUGGCCCCAAGACGGAGCUGAACAAAACCAUUAUCCUGGUGCUUUAUAUCUACAUCUUUCUCUUCUUCUACAUCGACCUGAUUGUAAGUAACAGCAUAAAGUAUGAGUUGGUGAAUCGGUACAACAUAAGGGAGGUUCGGCAGAGGAUUUAUGGACGCUUCCUGGGCCCAUCCCCCGGGGGGGGUCCCUCACCGGUCAGCAGCGUACCGGUCAGCAGCGUACCGGUCAGCAACGCACCGAUCAGCAACGCACUGGUUAGUAACGCACUGGUUAGUAACGCACUGGUUAGUAACGAGAUUGGAAAAGGCGACUCCCCCCAGGGGGCGCCGAUAAAGAAAGCCAAGCCCCCCCCGCGAGAAGACAAGACAAGCAAAUCGAAGGAAAAAAAAAAAAAACUAUUCACCAGUGAGAAGUACUACGUUGUGGAGGAGGAGGAAGAACCACAGCAGCAACAAUCACAACAGCAAUCACAACAGCAACCGCAACAGCAACAUGAGGAGGCAAACGACGUCGAAGAGGGAAGAAGACCAGCUGUCACCGAAAGGGUGUUACCACCACCCGUGGAGGAGGAAAAGUUUUACCACAUGGAUCAGCUGAAAAAUGUUAACGAGAGCAUCAACGCAGAACUCAUGAAAUACAUCCAAUACGAAAACAACAACUACACCAUAGACAGCUACCGAUACGAUCUCUUCCUUAUUAUCUCUGGCUUCAUCAAUCAGCUAAAUAUUUUUUGUGACCUCCUUUUUCUCUUCUAUGUGUACGAUUAUAGUUGGAAGUUAUUUUGUGUGUGCCUUUUUAUAUAUGCCUACUAUUUAGUCCACUUUGGCAUUCUGAUCAGAUUUUCCAUCGUGAUGGUGCGGGCCCUGUUGAGCAUACACAGGAAGAGUUUGUCUCGGUCGUAUAGGAAAGCCACCCUGUUCUGGAAGUGGCUCUUCUUCUUCUUGUGCGCACGAUUGCGCAGGUGGAUUAAAAGACUCAUCAGAGGGAUGAUCUCCAUGAGGGAAAGCAACCAAAUGGUGUACCCACGACAGCCAAACAUUUUCUUUAAUAAGUACGUCAAUUAUAACAGCUGGAGUUUCGCCUACCACCAGGGCGCCUCCUCCAAACGGAGCAAAGACCUGCUAAAGGUGUUGCGUGACUCCGAUUCGGACGAUACCAAGCGGGUGAUGUUACGCGUAUGGAGACCUCCCCCCAAUCGUGUAAACAUACACGCUGUGCAGAUAAACAGGGCAAGGGAAAAGACAAACAAAAGGAAACACACAGACCGACAUAAUCACACUAAUCGAAAAGUCAAACACUCAAAGGAAGAAUGCGAAAAGGCUCUCCGCCCUUCACAUGUCCAAGUCAUCGCAGACAUGUCUUCCUUCCUCUCCCACUACCAUAUUUUGAAUAUAAUAAAAAGUAAAUUCCUCUCCGCGCACAGCGUCUACGAGCACGUGAGAUUCACCCUGGUGUUCUUCGUCUGGAAACUCCUCUACAUGGACGUGGUCCUGUGCCUACUAAAAGUUUUCAUCCUUUUCUACACGAGCGACUUGUUAGCCAAUGUGUUGUUCCUGGUCAUCGCCCUGGUUAACAUUGCCAACUCGUACGUAAUCCAUUUGGUGGACAACAAUUUGAUGACCGACAUCGGUUCGAGCUAG